AUUGCUUUAUUGUUACUCUCAGAUUUUCUGGAAUUCGAUUGCCAAAAUUAAGAUGUCUACACCGGGAAAGUAUGUGCGUGCUCCGUCGAUUUCCUCUGACGACGACACCGAUGAACUAGCUAGUGCGGAAGGUAUAAGCGGGUUGUAUGUACGUGCUUGCCCUGGACCCAUCAUCGAAGAACGACAGUCCGAAGAAUCUCGUAAUCUGGAUGCACCGGAUAACCAACUGGAACUGGCAAACAAGUUGAAGGAACUUGAAAGCGUCAUCCAAGUACUGCGUAAUCGUAAUGAUAGUCAUCCAGGAAAUUCGUCGACCGUUCUGGCCAGCGCACCGCGUGGAUCAUCUGAUAUUACUGCUACUGAAGGCAAUAUCCGUUGGGACAGCAUCACCCCAUUCCCCAAAAACGUACCAGCCUCCAAAAUGUGGGAGGCAUGGAUGUGCUUCAUCGAAGACUUUGAACUAGCAUCAUCGCUAUCGAAUGUGAAAAAUCCAAAACGACGUGUUGAGUUGCUCCUGUUGUCCAUGGGCGAGGAGCUAAAAGGCGUCGUUCGGGCCGCCAAGCUGCGCCCAGAUCCGGACAGUGACAAUUGCUACGAGAUCUUCAAGAACAACAUUGAUCGCUACUUGAAGUCCAUGACUGACCCAGCUGCGGAGCAUGAGAGCUUUCUAAACAUGCGUCAGGAAGAUGGAGAAUCCGCUGUUAAUUUCCAUGCAAGACUGUCAAGAAAGGUGCAGCUCUGCGGCUACAGCCCCGACGACCAGGACCGCUUCGUUAGGACUCAGCUUCUAAGGGGGCUCCGUAAUCAGGAACUCAAGAAAGCUGCGAGGAUGUACGGUCACGACUCAAACUUCAUCGUACAGUCGGCCACUCGAGCCGAGGGAUUCCAGGCUGAAGUUACGCCAUCGGCAACGGAAUCCAGCACGUUCACAGUCAGCGCCGGCCAGUAUCGUGGUUCUCAGGACCGAUUCAAACGCAAAGCAGAACAGCAAGAAAAGCGGUUUGGUAAUUCAUCCAAGAGGUUCCGUCCGAACAGAACGGUAGCUGAUGGAGGCAGAGCACAUCCUCGUGUGGAAAUGACUCGUCGGAACAGAUGUCCAAGGUGUUUCCGUUCGUCUCAUAUGGGUUCUGAGUGUCCAGCGAAGUGGAGGAACUGCAAUUCUUGCGGUGCGGUUGGACAUUUUGCGGUGGCGUGUCGCGGUCAUCGUGUGAACGUGGUCAAAGAUGAGGAGGUCUCAACUCGUGCAGCCAUCGAGGAUUCCAAGGAUCAGCAAAUCAAUGCCCUUUCGCUCCAAGAUGUACUGAUUGAUUGCCGCGUCGGUUCAUCUAAUCCGAUCAAGUUCCUGAUAGAUUCGGGUGCAGACGUAAACGUCCUGGGUCGAGCGGAUUGGGACAACUUGGAACAGCAGCUGAGGGCAGGUAAGGUUGAACUUAUCCCACUGGAAAGGACCAUCAAUCGGAAUUUGCAAGCGUACGCUUCCAACAAACCAAUGGAAGUCGAACACGCUUUUACAACUACUGUCGAAGCAGUUGGCGGUACAAAACCACCUGUUACCGCUGAUUUUCUUGUGGUGAGAGCAGGCAAGCGAUCCUUGCUUGGAAGGGUAACAGCCAGCGACAUGGGACUUCUAAAGGUUGGAGGAACGAUCAAUACUUGCGAAUCUGGGAUAUUUCCAAAAAUGCCCGGAGUGAAGGUGAAGUUUAGUGUUGAUGAUUCAAUACCCCCAGUACGCAACGCGUAUUAUAACAUUCCUGCCGCAUACCGCGAGGGCGCACGACGAAGACUUGAGGAAAUGGAGGCACGGGGAAUAAUCGAGAAGGUAACGCAAGCUCCUCAAUGGAUAAGUGGCAUGUCUGCCGUUCCGAAGGGGAAAGAGGACUUCCGUUUGGUGGUAAACAUGCGGGCCCCGAACAAAGCCAUCAAACGGGAGUACUUCAGAAUGCCAUCGAUCGAUGAAAUGAGAAUUAAACUACACGGUGCCAAAUAUUUUUCUAAGUUGGACCUCUCCAAUGCGUUUUACCACAUCGAGUUGAAUGAGGAAUCGCGAGAACUCACGACGUUCCUUUCGGAAAAUGGAAUGCUCCGCUUCACCCGCCUAAUGUUCGGUGUCAAUUGCGCACCGGAGAUAUUCCAGCGAGAAAUGACGCGUAUCCUCAAAGAUGUCAAGAAUAAAAUAGUAUUCAUUGAUGACAUACUCUUGUUCGCCGGGACGAUUGAAGAAUUGAGAAAGACAGUCUCGCAAGUCUUACAAAUCUUGCGGUCGAAUAACCUCUCGUUAAAUACCGAUAAAUGCGAAUUUGAUCGAACAAACAUCAGAUUUCUGGGGCAUGAGCUGAAUGAGAAGGGAUUCAACAUAGAGGAAUCGAAAGUUGGUGAUGUUCGGAAAUUCCGGCGACCGACCACCGCCUCGGAACUAAGAAGUUUCCUUGGGUUGGCUUCAUUCGUGAGCCCAUACAUAAACAAUUUUGCGGACAUUUCUAGUCCAUUGUGGACGGUAGCAUCAUCACAAAAAUGGAGCUGGGGAGAAGACCAGGAGAAAGCUUUUGAGCUUAUCAAAAACCGGAUUAUCCACUCAACGGUUACUCUCGGAUACUUUUCUGAAUACGAUCGGACAUACCUGUACACGGACGCCUCUCCCCGUGCGCUAGGAGCAGUAUUGGUGCAACAGAAUGAAGACGGGAUUUAUCGAAUCAUUAGUUUCGCUUCCAAGUCGUUGACUACUACGGAAAGGAAAUAUGCCCAGAACCAACGCGAGGCCUUGAGUGCCGUGUGGGCAGUGGAGCACUUCUCCUACUUUUUGUUGGGAAGGCACUUCGUUCUCCGCACGGACGCUCAAGGAAUGGCCUUCAUCUUCAGAAGAACACGCGAGGAUUCAAAAAGGGCUCUGACUAGAGCCGAUGGCUGGGCUUUGCGCCUAAGCCCGUAUGAUUACGACAUCGAGUACAUCCGGGGCCACGAAAACAUCGCCGAUCCCUCAUCACGCCUAUACGACGGGGAGGAUGGGGCUUUUAACGAGGAAGUAAGUCCCUGGGAAAUAUGUAGCUUGAACUCCCAAUCCGUCGACUUCCUUACUGAAGAAGAAAUACGAGAAUCAACGAAGAACGAUGAUACUCUUCUUUUGGUGAUUUCAUCGUUGGACACCGGCAAGUGGUCAAAAGAUCUAGCGAGAUUCAAAGCUGUUGCAGAAGACUUGCGAUACACGGACGGGAUCCUAAGUAAAAACGGUUGUGCGGUAAUACCUGAAGGUCUUCAGAAGAAGGCGCUGGAGAUAGCACACGCAGGUCAUCCGUUGGAAGCCAAAUUCAAAAGCAUUCUAAGGAGUCGCGUUUGGUGGCCGGGGAUGUCCGGCGACGCUGAGAAGUGGGUCAAAGCAUGCGCCACUUGCGCUGUGAAUGGAAGGCCGGAAAGGCCACCUCCCAUGCAGAGAUCAUUUGCACCCAAAGCUGCUUGGGAGACUAUUGCGCUUGAUUUUAAUGGGCCAUACCUAAAAUUUGGCAACAUAUCAAUUCUAGUAAUAAUUGAUCUGAGGUCCAGGUACGCAAUUGCGCGCCCAGUCAAAUCAACUAAAUUUGAGUACACAAAAGAAGUCUUGGAUUCCGUUUUCGAGAGAGAAGGGUUCCCACGAGCCAUAAAAUCGGACAAUGGUCCACCAUUCAAUGGGGAGGACUAUGCACGUUAUUGCUCAGAACGUGGAAUCCAGGUCAUAUUUUCCACUCCCUUCUAUCCACAGCAAAAUGGCUUGGUGGAAGGGUUUAUGAAAAUCGUAAAUAAGGCAAUGUGCACUGCAGUGUCAACAGGCGCAAACUACCAAAGGGAACUGCAGUCCGCAGUCCAGGCAUAUAAUGCAGCAGACCACUCAAUUACAAAGGUUCCACCCGAGGAAGCGUUAUCAGGGCGCAAAAUUAAGCGUGGUUUGCCGCUUCUUCACUACGGGAAAUCCAAUCACAACGAAGUGGAGCUGGAUGUUCGAGAUCGUGAAGCAAAGUUACUUUCAAAAUCGCGAGAAGAUGCUCGACGGGGAGCCAGAGCAUGCAAAGUUAAGCCAGGCGAUACUGUAAUCGUCGAACGUCAAACGAGAUCGAAUGGCGAAAGUAGGUUUGGCUCGAAGCGGUAUGUGGUUUCUGACGAACGUAACGGCAGUCUAGUCCUCUGCGAUUCCGAAGGCCAAAAGCUUAAGCGUCACGUAUCACAGACGAAAAAGGUCCAGGAAUGGCGACAGCAGCAAUCAACAGGCGAGCAGGAUCAUAAUCCAGAGCUUCCUCCCGAUGGCGGUCGAGAACAGCGUCCAGCGCGGGAGAAAAGGACCCCCUCCUAUCUCUCCGAUUACAUCCGGGAGCUCGAGCAGAAUCCAAAGUCCUAGAAGAGGAAUAGUUGGAGGGGAAUGAAUGAUUUUUUUUUUUUCUUUAAAUGUUUCAUCAACCUUUUAUACUUACAAUAAAUAUGUUUGUUACUGGGCAAUGUUCGGUUUUUUUUUCA